AUGGAAAAUUCAGUAGCAGAGGAGAAGGUGGUUCUCAUCGCCAAGGACAAGGACCCCAGAAAGGGUGGCUCAAGGACCAUGCCUUUCAUCAUAGUUAAUGAGGCAUUUGAGAGGGUGGCUAGCUAUGGGCUGAUGCCAAAUAUGAUCUUCUACUUGAUGAAAAAUUAUCGAUUGGAGGCUGCAAGUGGGUCAACCAUUCUCUUCUUGUGGUCUGCUAUGUCUAAUGGAUUGUCCAUUUUCGGAGCCUUCAUCUCCGAUUCAUUCAUGGGUCGGUAUCUGGUCAUCUCUUUGGGAUCACUCUGCAGCCUUCUUGGGAUGAUUCUUCUUUGGUUAACUGCCAUGAUCCCACAACUAAGCCCUCCACCUUGCGACCGAUUCACCGACGUCUGCAGAUCAGCUACUACAGGCCAACUAGCUGUUUUAUUCUCCUCUUUCGGCCUCGUAUCCCUCGGAGCCGGUUGCAUUAGGCCUUGCUCUAUCGCCUUCGGUGCAGACCAAUUAGACAACAAAGAGAACCCCAACAAUGAGAGUGUCUUGCAGAGUUUCUUUAAUUGGUAUUAUGCUGCAGUAGGAUUAUCAACAAUUAUAGCGUUUACAGCUAUUGUCUACAUCCAAGAUCACCUUGGUUGGAAAGUCGGGUUUGCGGUUCCUGCAAUUCUCAUGUUCUUCUCUGCUCUAAUGUUUUUGGUGGGUUCUUCCCUGUACGUCAAAACAAAGGCCUCCACGAGCUUAUUUACUGGGUUUGUUCAAGUUGUAGUUGCAGCAUUCAGGAACAGGAAGCUCAGGCUGUCUCACAGCAGCACUGAACAGUAUUACCACAGUGAUGACUCUGAGUUCCAUGUCCCCACUGAUAAUUUAAGGUGUCUAAACCGAGCUUGUAUAGUAACAGACCCUGAUAGAGAUGUAAAUCCUGAUGGGUCAGCUUCAAAUCCAUGGCGUCUAUGUACAGUUGAUCAGGUAGAAUCGCUGAAAGCUCUUCUGAGGGUCAUCCCCAUUUGGUCUACAGGCAUCAUGAUGCAAAUCAACUUGAACCAAAACUCAUUUGCCACCCUCCAAGCAAACACCAUGGACAGGCAAAUCUUUAUUUUUGAGAUUCCAGCGGGAUCUCUCAAUGUGUUUCUGGUUCUCACUCUCACAAUCUGGCUAAUCUUCUACGACCGAAUUCUGCUGCCAUUACUAGCAAGAUUCACCGGCAAGCCACGCGGCGGGCUUACUCCUAAAGUUAGGAUGGGAAUUGGUUUGCUACUUCCAAUUGCAGCGAGGGCAAUGUCAGCAGUAGUAGAGACCAUAAGAAGAAGAACUGCCAUUGAGGAAGGACUAGAAGACCAACCAGAUGGUGUGGUGAACAUGUCAGUAGCCUGGCUUUUGCCACCAAUUAUCCUGUUUGGAUUGGCUGAAGCGUUUAACUCAAUCGGACAGAUAGAAUUCUACUACUCUCAGUUUCCUAAGAGCAUGUCUAGCAUUGCGGUGGCUCUUUACACUUUCGGAACCGCCGUGGCUGAUUUGAUAGGGAGUGGUUUGGUGGACGUUGUGGAUAGAGUUACAUCCAAAGGAGGGCAAGAAAGCUGGUUGUCAAGUAAUCUUAACAAGGGCCGGUUAGAUGAUUAUUACUGGCUGAUCACUGUCUUGAGUAUAAUCAAUUUUGUGUAUUUUCUUCUAUGCUGUUGGGCUUACGGACCUACUGAGGAUAAAAAGGAGGAUCGUCUGCUGGAAUAG